GCAGGUGGGAGCGGGGCCACGGGGCGGGAGCCGAGGGGGAUGAGGGAUAGAAGAUAAGGGAAAAAAGGUAACGGAUGCGGGGGCGCGGUCGGCACGAGCCUUUGGGACAGCUGUGGGAGCGGCCGACCCGAGCCACGGCUGAGCCCAACGCACGGGAGGACACGGCUGCGAGGCGCUGCUCCUGCUCGCCUUGGCGGCCUCACUCCCUUCCUUCCUCCAUCCAUCCUGCCCCGUCCUGCACUGCCGAGCGGGGCCUUCCCUUCCUGCCGUCCAUCCGGCUGUCCAGCCCGGUCCCGCAGCCCCACCGAACAGGUGCUUCAGGCCUGGCAAGCGCCGUGCCCGCUGCUGGCGUGAGGUGACAGUUGCUUGGUUAAAUAAGGUCUCCUAAAGACAACAUUCUUGAAUCUCCAAAGAUGACAGCUGUUGCAGUGCUGGAGGAGAUGCUGGUGUCCAUUGAGAAUGAGCUGCAAGCAGUGGAGAUGCAGAUCCAGGAACUUGUGGAUAAGCAGCAGGAGCUUCUUCAGAAAAAGAUGAGAGUAAAGAAUCUGAUAAAACAGUCCUCAGGAGAUGUGGAGGCAGGUGGAAGUAAAGACACUGAAACCUCAGCUGAGGAAUGGAACAAAAAAGAUUUUCCAUGGUAUGAGAAGAUAAAAACUGCAUUGCAGAGCAAAUUUAAACUCCAGAAGUUUAGACCACUGCAGCUUGAAACAGUAAAUGCUGCAAUGGCAGGGAAGGAUAUAUUUCUUGUCAUGCCCACAGGUGGUGGGAAGAGCCUUUGUUACCAGUUACCAGCUGUCUGUUCUGAUGGUUUCACACUGGUGAUAUGUCCUUUGAUAUCUCUCAUGGAAGAUCAGCUGAUGGUUUUGGAACAGCUUGGUAUCUCUGCAGCUUUGUUAAAUGCCUCAAGCAGCAAGGAACACGUGAAGUGGGUGCACACAGAAAUGCUGAAGAAGAAUUCCCAGCUGAAGCUCAUUUAUGUGACCCCAGAGAAGAUUGCAAAGAGCAAAAUGUUCAUGUCAAAGCUGGAGAAGGCUUACCAGGCUGGGUGCCUGGCUCGCAUCGCCGUGGAUGAGGUGCACUGCUGCAGUCAGUGGGGCCACGACUUCAGGCCUGACUACAAGUCUCUUGGUAUCCUGAAAAGACAGUUUCCCAAUACUCCCUUGAUUGGAUUGACAGCAACAGCUACCAAUCAUGUUUUAAAGGAUGCUCAGAGCAUUUUGCACGUUCAGAAGUGCAUUACCUUUACUGCUUCCUUCAACAGGCCCAAUCUUUACUAUGAGGUUCGGCAUAAGCCUUCAAAUAAUGAAGAUUUCAUAGAGGACAUAGUUAAGACCAUUAAUGGAAGAUACAAAGGACUGUCAGGAAUUGUUUACUGCUUUUCUCAGAAGGAUUCUGAGCAAGUUACUAUGAGUCUGCAGAAACUGGGAAUCAAGGCAGGGACUUACCAUGCAAACAUGGAUCCUAAAUAUAAAACCAAAGUUCAUAAAGGAUGGGCAACAAAUCAAAUCCAGGUGGUAGUGGCAACUGUUGCUUUUGGCAUGGGAAUUGAUAAACCUGAUGUGAGGUUUGUAAUCCAUCACUCUAUGAGCAAGUCCAUGGAAAACUAUUACCAAGAGAGUGGACGUGCAGGUAGAGAUGACCAAAAAGCUGACUGCAUUUUGUAUUAUGGGUUUGGAGAUAUAUUCAGAAUCAGCUCAAUGGUGGUGAUGGAAAAUGUUGGCCAAGAGAAGCUGUAUGAUAUGGUCUCUUAUUGCCAAAAUAUGAGCAAGUGUCGCCGGGUGCUCAUAGCUCACCACUUUGAUGAGGUGUGGGAUUCUGCCAACUGCAACAGAAUGUGUGAUAACUGCUGCAGAGAGAAUGCAUGUGAGAAGCUGGAUGUAACAGGAUACUGCAGGGAUCUAAUAAAGAUCCUUGAGCAAGCUGACAGCAUGAAUGAGAAACUCACCCCACUGAAAUUAAUCGAUGCCUGGUCUGGGAAAGGUGUAUCCAAAUUCAGGGUGCCUGAAGUUACUCCACCCAAGCACCCUCGAGAGGAGCUGGAGAGAAUUGUUGCUCAUUUUCUGCUGCAGCAGUAUCUGAAGGAGGAUUUCAGCUUCACAGCCUUUGCCACAAUAUCCUACCUGAAGGUGGGACCCAAAGCCCGGCUGCUGAAAAACGAGGGACAUGUCAUCACCAUGGAGGGGAUAACAAACAGCAAAAGUGGUUCCAAGGUGAAACCAUCUCAAUCUUCAAAUUCAAAAGGAGGGAGAGAAAAUGCCCAGGCUGGAUCAAAGACUGUCCAAGAUUCAGGGCUGAAGAAAUCACAGGAACAUAAACGGCCCAGCUGUAGUCCUAACUUAAAAGCAAAGAAGCCGAAGCUUCAGGAAGGUGCACGUGACCAACCAGUAGUUAUUGACUGAGCGUCACAGACUACAUUUAGGAUCUAAUCAUGGUUGCUGCUCCCUGGACAGUGCAAUGUAUUUUUAUACUCUAUCUGUUGGAGCUCAGUUGUGUUUGUGGUCUGGACUCUAAGAGGCGAAGCAGUGCCAAAGGCGGCACUGUGCCCUGUGGCACACUCUUCUGCACGCUGCCCCCUGGCAAGGGCCCAAGAGCCCUCGUUCCUGUCGCCUGACUAAAGGAGCUUCGCCAGCCCUGCUUACAGGGACCGGGGCGGGGCUGCUCCUGGGGACAAAGGGUGCCGCCAAGGUCCUGACACGGGCCCCGAGUACAGGGCCCGCACGCUGGCAGCUCACCAGCACCCCUGGCAGCGUGGGCGCACACCCUGGCUACAGGCGGCUCCUGCUGCCCACGCUGCCCCUGAGUGGCUUUGUGCUGUCCUCAGAAAGCAGGGGCAAGGCUGGACGCUUUCUCCACCCGUGCAUUUUAGGCACCUGCCUGUGGUUGCACAGAGCUCCUCUUUCCCUCCUGGGAAGUCCAAGCUGCACUGCUCUGUUUCUAAAGGUGGGGCGGGGGGGGGCUAAAGCACAAACACACUUCCUCACUCACACCGACUAAGUGGAAGACAGGGGAGGGGGAGACAGUUGCAGAAGAGGGAGCAAGUUCUGUGCAGCCAAUCUACUCUAGGCCAGAGGGGCCUCGGCAUGCUGAAGCGCUUCAGGCCUGGCAAAGGGACACAGGCUGUGACAAUGCCCUGAGUACAGCGGGUCACGCUGGCCAGGGGCCAGCAGCAGGCAGAAAGCUGCCGGGCCUGGGGAAAAGCCCUGCCCUGCUUACAGGGUAGCUGGGCUGGGGGCCAGGAGAGCUCCAUUUCCCCCUGCGCUGCAAAGACAGGGGCUCACACCCUCCUUUACGGGGUUGCCCCUCUCUCCAGGCAGCCAAAGGAGCACAAGGGCAAAAGGCCAAGCACAGCAAAGACCCAGCCCUGCACACAGGGAGGUCCACCCCGCGCAAAGCCAGCUGCAGCACCCUGAAGGUGCCCUGGCUGGGAAGAGCCCUUUGCCCAGAGGGCCCCUCAUGUCCCUCUUUAGCUCCGAGCUCGCUCUUGCCUCGCUGUUCCACCCUUGAGCUCAAAGACGCUGCCACUCUUGUCCCACGGCUUCUGCCAAUGGAUGACAACACACUCAGGCCUGAGAAGCUCCAGACCCAGUGACCUGCCCAAAAGCCUCACACUUCAGCUCCAAGCUGCAGCUCUUACCUUGCUGCUCCACUCCUGACCUCAAGCCGCCAGUGCUGAAGCUCGCUCUUGCCUCACUGUCCCAUGGCUUCUGCAAAUGUCAGCGAGGACACAAUCAGGCCUGAGGAGCUCCAGCUCCCAAAGGGAACUGCCACUCAACAGCCCCACAGUGCAAUCCUCAUGCCACCACCCACACAAACCCCCAGCUGCCCAAAAGCCUCCAACUUCAGCUUGACUCACUGUCACAACGUCCGGUGCAGUCCCAUGCCGUGCUGGAAGCCGGGCUCUCUGGGCAAAUGAAGCUGGGCACGCAAAGCAGUGGCCAAGAGGCUGCACCCCUGCUUACAGGGGGCUCAAGGCGCUGCCCGGAAAAGUGCCUGAGACUCCAGAGCACUGACCCCCACUUACAGGGCAGCUCUGCUCCCCAGGGGCUAUGGAGGCUCCUUCUCUCCAGUUGCGGGGCGCUCCCCACUAACGGGGCGGGCGCCCCACACAGGCUGCCAGCUGAAGGGAGCACAAAGGCUCCCAGACCGGCAGCCUGCUUACAGGCUGGUCCACACCCAGGGAGCCACCGAGCUUGGCCUUUCCCCAAGGCACAGGAACCUGACUGUAGAGUCAGGCAGUCCAGCUUACGGUCUAAAGCCGACGGGCCCGAGGGGCUGCUAGCCCAGCCCCGAUGACAGGGAGGGCACACGCCCGGCCCCAUGACUCCUGGCCCCACGCCUCUGAAAGACCGGGGCCAGGGACACCCGCCUGAUUACAGGGGGUCCCUCCAACCGCCCGCCAAGGCCAGGGGACUCAUAGAACCCCACUUACAGGGCUGCCCUCUGCUGCCCGGCACCCCCCAACAAGCACUAUGGAGCACAGGCUCCUCUCCUCUCCUCUCCUCUCCUCUCAUUGAAGGAUCCUCUCCCAAGAUCUGCGCUUUCUAGCUGUUCAGCAGCAUAAAUAAUAAUGAAUUGUAUGAAUUAUUUUGACUAGUUCUAUCCAAAAUAAACAAUGUGUAAUACACACUAACUGCAACUUCUGUCAGGUUCUUGGAUUGUCACAGCAGCUGAAUGGUAAAACCAAAAUGUUCUAAUAAAAAACAAAUGGUAAUGCACUAUCUAGGUAAUGGUAAUGCACUGUCUCCUAGCUAUGGCAGAAAGAAGAUUUUAGAAGAGAUAUAUGUAAUUAAUGUCCAACCACAUGGCUUUUUUCACAAACUCCGCUGAAAAGAAUACAUCACCUCAGAACACUUGUGGUCAGAUUUCAAAUUCCUGUAUUCAUGUACUGAGCCAUGUAAUCAGCCCUGAAGUAAUAGAAUUUCAAAUGGAAUAUAAUGUGAGUUGCAUUUUGAACUUGUGGACAGUUCUCUAGUUAUGUUCUCUGCAACUGCAGUCAGCAUGAAUUUUGUUUUCGGAAGAGAGAAUGGUGUUUCGUAACAAGCAGCUACAAAGCUAUCUGAUAAAUAACUGAAAAUUGAAGUGAUAUUUUUUAACAUUGCUAAAGAGUUAAUGGUAUUUAUAUUUUCCAAAAAGCAUAACGUUUAGGAAGGAGUUUACUAAUUUUUCCAGAAUUCAUAGAAUUCAUAGGACUGAAAUUGCUAGCUUGAAGCUGUUUGAUAGAGACAAGAUACCUGAUGGGUAAGUGAAUAAUCCCUUUCUCCAUACAGUCAUGGAGCUUCUAAUUUGUUAUGCUAUGAGAAUAUUUAUUUGAGAACAAAAGCUUGUGGUUGCAUCAAAUUAUAUCUCAUCAGAAUUCAAUGCUAUAAAUAUACAUAUAUAUAUAUAUAAAUAUAUAUAUAUAUAUAUAUGCAUGCUGCUUUCUGUGUUUUUUUCCAGAAGACUUGCAGAAUGUAACUGAAGAAUAGCUGGUGUACUUCACCUCAUUCAUCACAAACUACCUUCUUAGAUAAAGUAGAUGGAAUAAAGAGGUGAAAAUUGAGGCUAAUUCCUAUUUUCCGUCAAAGAAGAUAAGUAAUAUUUCAUAGUGAUUCCCAACAUAUUUCUGUCUCAAUUGCAUUCCAAACAGAAAUGGACAAAAAGUAAAAAGAAUGUUGAAAUGUUUUGCUGUCUGAACAAAAUAUGUGCUUUUGACUGGAACUGAGGUAGAAAUUCUUCAGUUUUUUUACUUCUGGCUAUUUUUCACACACUCUGUUUGUUUGGGGUUUUUUCCCCUCAUAAUUUUGAGUAAGUUUCCAAUUAAUUAUACACCACUUAUUGUCUUUAAGAAAAAUUGAGGAAGGUUGUCAUAAGUUUCAAAUCACAACAUCCCUAGUGGACAGAGUUAAUCUACUUCAGCAGUUUUAUGAAAUAUUUUUUUAAUGCCUAUUCUUUCACUACUCAGUUUGAUUAUUAGGGGAAACAGUACACUGAGAAUACUCAAGAAGGAUAAUUUUAGAAUAGAAAGCAUAAUGUUCAAGGAUAGGAUACAUUAAUUUCUAACUUUGAGUUGUGAUGGCAAAACAUCCUGAGUUCUUAUAUAAUUGCUGCAUUCAUUCUCAGGCAUGGAAUGCAGGAAUUCCUCCUGCAUUUGUGAGUGCACCCAUUCCAUCUGUUUUCUGAGAGAAUGCCUGAACUCAGAUUUAGGUUAAAAGUAUGUUUUCUGUGUUAUGCAGAUGAUAUUAUUCCUCUGGUGUUAAGAACUGUAACAAUGAGGUUGGGAGAAUAAAACAAUAUGAACUACAUGGUCCUUCACCACAGUUACAUUUUUAAAAAUACCUUUUGGCUCCUGGGAAAACAUAUCUGAAAACCUGUUUCUUAUGAAACAAUGAACUCAGCAGAAAAAUAGGCACAGAAUGACAUUUCAAAUUCAUCAUCAUUUCCUUCCUUACAAAGGAAGAAGUGGUUUGUGCAAUGGGACUUUAAAGGCUGCAUCAGACUGAUACAUAUUUCUGUUGGGGAAUGUUCAUGGUAAUUACAUGUUUACAUUGCAGCGCACUGCCAUUAAAUCCCCCUGUACUAAGGAACAGAUAUUAGUAGAUUAAACAGUGGUAAAAAAUUUACAGAAAAGGGAAGAAAUUAGCCAUUAAAUCCUGGGUCACCCAACCAGAAAAAAAUGGGGAUUGUUCAACUAUACCCUGGAUUUGUUGGACAGGUUGACUGCUGAUAAUGAAGCAGACCAGUAGAAAAUUAAAAACAUGCUUAUGGGAAAAAAAUCCUGGCUGUGAUAUGUGUUGAUUGGUACUGAUGUGUAGUCCCUUUCCUUGGUGUUAAGAAGUGUGAAAAGAAAACAAGUGAUGAAAUGUUGACUGUCUCUGCAGUCUGUUUUGCUUUUUGGUUUGCUUUCAUCUUGCUGCAUUUGUGACUGGAAAUGCCUUUGGGUUCAGUUUGAGCAAAACUAAAGUUAAAAUUAAAUUCUUGUAUCGCCUUGUGAAUUUUA